UCAAUUCCUUAAUAUGUCACCAUUGUUUUGCAAAAAUCAUCGAUUCAAUUCAAUUGAGCGCAUUAUAAAUGCGCUAAAAGGUCACCAAUUCCUGACUUUUCCUGCCCAAGUAGCAAUGUCCGAGGACAAGGGAAAUCCCCCAAAGGAUGAGAAGAAAGGAGGUGAAAAACCCUCAACGUCGCGGGCGACGGAAUUCGACGUGGAAGCCAUCCGGAACUUCCUGGCGGAGAAAUUGAGCCUUCUCUCGAGCGGUGGUGGUGCAGAUGACGAAGCAGAUGCCAGGAGGGCACCAAAAGUGCUCGAAAAGGUGGAUUUUGAUGGCCUUAUGCAGCACUGGAAGGAAAAGGGCUUCCGGAAUAUUGUGACAAUGGUCGGGGCUGGGAUUUCCACAUCAGCUGGUAUUCCGGACUUUAGAAGCCCCGACACGGGACUCUACAGCAAUUUGCAGAAGUACAAUCUACCCCAUCCCACAGCUAUCUUCGAACUGGACUACUUCAUGGACAAUCCACAGCCUUUCUUCACGCUGGCCAAGGAGCUCUAUCCUGGCACAUUCAAGCCCACUCCAUGUCAUUACUUUGUGAAGCUUCUGCAUGACAAAGGAUGGCUCCGGAGGCACUACACGCAGAACAUUGACACCCUCGAGAGGAUUGCUGGGAUUCCGGGGGAGAAGAUGGUGGAGGCGCACGGGACAUUCUUCACGAAUCACUGCCUCGGAUGCCGCAAAGCCUUCACGAUGGAAUGGAUGAAGGAGGAAAUCUUUGCGGACCGUGUGCCCACGUGCACCAGCUGCAAUGGGAUCGUCAAACCCGAUAUUGUCUUCUUCGGCGAGAACCUCCCCAUGGAGUUCUACGAACUCCCCCAGAAAGACUUCCGCGACUGCGAUCUCCUCAUCAUCAUGGGCACAUCGCUGGAGGUACAACCAUUUGCCUCCCUGCCGGACAAGGUGAACGACACGUGCGUCCGGUUGCUGGUCAAUCGAGAACUCGUUGGGAAUCGUGACACCAUCUGGAGCCUCUUCACGCGCAGCAGCGCUGGGAAAAUGGAAUUCGGAAUGCCCGAAAGUCGACGCGAUGUCGCCUGGCUGGGAGAUUGCGAUGACGGUGUCCAGGCAAUUGCUGACCAGCUGGGCAUUGGUGAUGAACUCCGCGAUCUCGUAAAGCAAGAACACGCCCGGAUUGAUGCAGAAUCCACCGAAGAACCCAAAAAACCCGCUCAACCUUCAAAAGAACCCAAAGAAGAGACUUCAGAGCCCCCCAAGGAAUCAAAAGAAGCGGAAAAAGGCAAAACUGAUUAAGAUUUCAUUUUAUUUUGCGCAGGAAAAUUCAUUUUAAAACACUGAGAAUAUAAAGUUUCAAUCGUUCCUUAAUUAGUUUAGUAACUCCGGCCGAAAAGUGUGAACGCCAUGGGCUUGUUCUUGCACUCUGGAUGAAUGCACUUGUCGGCAUCGGAGAGCUUCUCUGGCUGCUCAAAGGGGAUACAGAGUGUCUUGGCACCCAUUGAGGGGGCUCCUGGUUCCACAAACUCCGCAUUUUCUCUGUGAAAAAAAAAGAAAAUUUAUUUAUUUCUUAAAACUCCGAAUUUUUAGAUUUAAAUUGUGCGAAAGUUUUCAAUAAAAAAUUCUUUAGAUUAAAAGGGUUUUAAAAUACAUUACAAGUCUUUAAAAAUAUUUUAAAAAAUCAAUCAAAGAAAAAUGGGAAGGAAAAUAAAUGCAUUAAGAGGCAAUUAAAGGAUGGGAAAAAGCGCAAUUAUAAGGAGAUUCCAGCGACGUUUCGAUUAAAUAAAUUUACAAAAAUUGCAAAUUAAA